ACUGUCUUUCUUAGAAUACCGCUAUGUGGAUGUCACAUUUCGCGCUGUUCUUCGCGAUUUCGUGUGCAUUACGUUUUACCAAGGGCAUAGGAUCUUCCAAACUACCGAAUAUCCUGUUAAUGCUGGCAGAUGACCUUGGCUGGUAUGAUGUCGGGUUCCAUAAUCCAAAGAUACAAACUCCCCACAUUGACAAGUUGGCUAAAGACGGAGUCAUAUUGGACAAUUAUUAUGUACAGCCGGUGUGUACACCCACUCGAGGAGCUUUGAUGACUGGAAGAUACCCCAUUCACACAGGUAUGGAAGGUAGUUGUUCUUGCAGUCAGUCGGGACACAAUGUUUAGAGGCAGGGGAUUAAAAGGGGCUCGCAGGCGAAAUCACGGUACCCGGGUGGGUUCCAUUUUUAUCAUGGGAAAUGUUUUAUUUGUCUUAUCGGUGAGUAUUUCAAAUAACGUAACUCAGGGAAUAAUAAUAAAAAAGGAAUUCAGCUCCAAUUUACAUGACUUUGUUUUUAAAAUUGUAUUCAGUUUAUUCCAUUCAUUAUUUUAGCUGACACUGUAACAAAUCAAAAAGGACUUUUUUAACACUGCAAAGAAACGGCCGAGUUUACUGAUAAGAUGCUAAAUAGCAUGGCUUCAUAUGGAGUCAUCAUAUAUAAUGGUCCUAGGAAAUAAUCUAGGCGAGCAGAGGCAGUAAAGUCUUUUUAUUAUUGCGUUACCAGAGGAUGUGCAGCCGGAUUAUGCUUUGUCCUCCAACUGUUCUGUUUAAUUUCUGUCCAUCUCCCUCUGUCCAAAGUUUAAGAAAAGGAAAGCCUUAAGAGAAUAAGACUUCCAUUGUAUUACAUGGCUCCUGAAAAUAUUUUUUAAAUUAUUGUUUUGCGGGCUACAGCUUAAUAUAAGCUUUCUUACUCGCCUCAUCUCUGUAGACAAAAUUGAUUUUCUUUUUAAAAUAGAGUGCAUAGUGUAGCCUUUGCAUUCUCUUUAUGGGCACGUUUUAUAAAGCUAGCGUUUCUUCGAUGUGGUCAUUGUUAUAUUUACAAAGUAAACCGAGUGUAUUUUACAAAUAAAUAAUGAAAUAUAUCUUUACCUGAUCUCUUAUGCCAUCUCGAUUGGUAAGUUUAUUUUGGAGACUAAAUAAAUUCAUUUUCUAAAUUACCAUAUAAAUUAACCUUUCUGAUGAGCGUUCUUUCAAAAACGAAACUUCUCUUGUAGUAACAACUGUACUAUUAAAGUAGUUUUCAGAGAAGUAAUUGUCUUAACAAGAAAAAUUCACCUUAGUUUUUAGUACAGUUUCACUGAUGUACCGGCCAUAACUAAAUUUUGAUGUGCGGGGUUUUACCACUACCCGGUUUCACGUAUACCCUGAACGAGCGCUGGCAAAAUAGGAGCAUGACCCGGGGGGGGUGGGGUACUCCCUUACAAGAGGCUAAUAGGGAUGUGACACUGGAUGGGGUCGCAUUUUCACGGCUGGAGUGACUAUAAUGGUGGGGGGGGGGGGGGUACUCCCUUACAAGAGGCUAAUAGGGAUGUGACACUGGAUGGGGUCGCAUUUUCACGGCUGGAGUGACUAUAAUGGGGUCGCAAAUUUUCGGAUUUUUGUGGUAAGUAGGGAUUCAAAAUGGGAAGAUUCUCGGUAACAAAAUCAGGAAGUUGUUGUUCAUUAAAUUUAACAAUAAGCUCGCAUUGACCGCAUCACAUUCCGCCGCUUGAAACCACAUGAUAAGGUAGAUGCAUAUAUAGAAAGUGACUAAGUUGGGAUCGCAAAAAUUAUAUUUUCCAAAAAGUGACUAAGAUGGGGUCUAUAAUUGGCCAAAAAAUAGACUAUAAUGGGGUAGGGGCUCUGAGAGGCUAGCGGCACAUACCAGCAAACAUUAGCCCAAGUACCCCCACCGCCCCCACCCCCAACCCAACCCCGGGGAGCAUGAUAGAGGCUAACGUCUUCCCUGCUGGCUACAUAGAUCCUGAUAAACAGAAACGCGUGCUUCGUACACUUGAGGAGGGCCAAACAAUAACUGUAUGUAAACUGAUUUGAAUAAUCACCUUUCGCAUGAUGACUGAUUACAAUGACUUAAUAGUACUGGGGUUCAUAUCUACAAAAAUCCCUGCAUAUAGGGGAAACGCCAGUUUACAAGAAUGCUAUAUCAAGUGAUUUUUCGUCCGAUGUCAUUGUUAUGUGAUCUCUUUGUCUGUGCUCAACAUUUAGAUGGGUACCACAAAAAAGCGAAAUAACACGAAACCAGUGAACAGACCUUUCCACAGUUUUUUUUCCAGCUUUUUGAAAACAUGGCGGACAAGUUGGGGAAAGUCCGUCGUCUCCACUGGAAAUCAGUAAAACUGCCACGUUUGAAGGCGAUUGUUGAAAACGAACGAAGUAUAGCUCCUCAAAGUCUUGCCUGCGUGCAGACGUCUCCUAUUUCCUUUUUUGCAACAAAACAAAUAGGAGACGUCUGCACGCAGGCAACUCAAAGUCCUGUCGGACGUUUGUAUUAUGGUGGGUGCUCAAACUUGCCCCCCCUCCCCGACAUACAAACGUCUGUAAAUUUUCGCAACUUCGCAGAGUUAUAUCUUCGCUCGCUUAAGAUGUAUCACUUUCAAAUUUGGCACUAAUUUUAAUGUGCUCUUUCCAGUGGUGUCCAUGGAUUUUCGGCCUAACUGGUCCAUGUCAAAAGUUGAAAAAACUGUGAAAGGGUCUGAUUAGGGUGGCCCUCUACUUACAAACGACCAUUUUUUAAUAGAAACCGUCGUCGCCUACGGUCACUCUGGGACAUGAGUAAAGAUAAGUUUAAUUCAUAAAGAAGAUAAAAUACCUGAAUACGUGCGUAUUUUGAAAGACCUUCAAGCUUAGUUCAAAGACCCCGAGACAAUACGUGAGUAGAAAAGACAGAAAAGGAUUAACGGUUAUUGAUUUAUUGAAAUGUUGAUUGAUUGACUUGCGUUCUGUCAUUGAAUUGGUGUGACUUGGUCUGUUUACACGUAAUUGUAAAACAGAGACUUUUUCUCGGUUUUUGUCCAUCUACAAGAAUACACAAAAGUGACUGAAAACGGUUCCGUCUUUGAAGAAAACAUGCGCAUUUACACUGGUAUCCAACGCCGUGACGUAAUCGUUUACGGCGCACUCUGGAGAGCGUUUAUGAAAAGAUGCAUUUUCGGUGACGUUUUCUCCGGAUACGUGAGGACGGUAGGCCAAACCGGAGAAAAGAUUCUCCGUGCUCAAACGAAAAGUCUGAAUAUAUACUAAAUACACAGUCAGUCAAAUGCAUGUUGUUUGAGAUAACAGGCUGGCUUCACAGGGGUACCCAACGAUUGUUUUCUGUAAAAUAACUGUUCGGAGAAGCAAAUAUUGCCUGGAAUUUUCUAUUACCUGAGGGGGGCUAAAAAGUCCUAGAUGACCGUUCCAUUCAUGUACAAUUUUCGAAGCUUAUCUAAUAAAUUCCCUACGAUUUUCUGAAGUUUAAUUUUCACAUUUCACUUCCCAAGUUAGGCUAUUUUUUGUACAAAAAAGGAAACCUAAAAUUUUCGGAUUCAAAAAUGUGAUGGAGAGAGGAAUCAGAAAAUGUCUCACUUUCGUAAUACGUCAAAUUGCUUCUAAAAUUUUCGCGAAAAUAACACUCAAGCCCUUGUAAUUUCGAAAAGACUCAAGUUGCCCUAGGAUGACAGAACAGAUAUUUUUUAUAGGGCUGCCUAGGAUGCAUUUAUAGAGAUCUAAAAGGACUCUGGAUAGCCUAAAAAGUGUUUUCAAUGUACUUUAGGAGGAAACCGCCGUUGGGUGCCCCUGGCUUCAUCUUUGCUACUGUCGCCCGUACUUGCUUUUUUUUGUCACCAGGUCUUCAACAUGAUGUUAUUCACCCCGAGGACCCGUAUGGACUGCCACUGGACUUUGAUCUGUUGCCGCAGAAACUAAAGGAAGUUGGUAAGAGCUGAUUAACGAAAAGCAAAUAAACAGAGUCCUUGAUCAACAUUCAGAUUUGGUAUAAUAUAAAUUGGUAAACUGGCCGUGUUAAGGUUACAUGUCUUAGGGUGGAUUUCCACUGUCACGUAAUUUUUACGUGAGUAAGUAAAUGCUCUCGCUCAAAGAAUUCAACUUAAGGAAAGUUUUCUUGCCUUUGGAAACUUGGCCUAGUUAGAAUUAUCAAGAUGAAAAAGUUUAUAAGAACGCAAAAGCACUUGUAGAGAGAGUAUCUGAACAAGUAAGCAGAGGGUCAUAGGAGCUCACAGGUUUGUCUACUCGUUUGGGAGUACUCGGAUUUUUUCUUUCGACCCGCCUGUGUCACUGACUGAAAGAAACAAUUUCUCAACGCAAAUGCACUUUAUAAGUAAAGACUCAGACGAUGAGGGCUGGUCUGGCCAGCCGAAAUAUUGCUCAUGUUGUAUCAGCUUUGCAGUAGUUCUUUGAUUUCUCGUUGUAUUUUGCUUUGUAAGUGAGAUUUUGGCUGCGGUCACCGUGUUGAUUGCUUAAAAGCAACGACGACGGCGACGUCAACGAGAACGGCAAAAAAGCAAUAGGUUUAGAUUAGCAAAACAGCAACUCCGCACUUGCAUCACGCUUUUUUGUACACUGCUUUGCCGUCACUACAUGACUGCGACGUGAAAAUUUCACUUUUGCAGGGUAUUCCACUCACUUGGUAGGCAAGUGGCAUCUUGGUUUCUACAAGUGGCCUUAUGUUCCUACGAAAAGAGGUUUUGACACCGCCUACGGAUUCUGGGACGGAGCUGAGGAUCAUUUUGAUCACUCACGUGAUGGUGUUGUAGACNAUCAGCUUUGCAGUAGUUCUUUGAUUUCUCGUUGUAUUUUGCUUUGUAAGUGAGAUUUUGGCUGCGGUCACCGUGUUGAUUGCUUAAAAGCAACGACGACGGCGACGUCAACGAGAACGGCAAAAAAGCAAUAGGUUUAGAUUAGCAAAACAGCAACUCCGCACUUGCAUCACGCUUUUUUGUACACUGCUUUGCCGUCACUACAUGACUGCGACGUGAAAAUUUCACUUUUGCAGGGUAUUCCACUCACUUGGUAGGCAAGUGGCAUCUUGGUUUCUACAAGUGGCCUUAUGUUCCUACGAAAAGAGGUUUUGACACCGCCUACGGAUUCUGGGACGGAGCUGAGGAUCAUUUUGAUCACUCACGUGAUGGUGUUGUAGACUUUCGGGAUAACUUAGAACCAGUCUUCGACUUAAAUGGAACGUACGCUACUAACGCCUAUGUGGACGUGAGUAAAACGCAGCCCUGUCUUUAGUGUCUUUAUACUUACUAACAAAAUAACUUAACGUCCUGGAGAAAAUGUCAGCAAGUUGGCGCCAUUUUCCAAUUUUUGAAAAUUGUGCAGCGGGAAAAUAAUUAAGUUGGCUCUGAACCCGUUUCAUAGACAAGCUGAUUGCAAUUCAGAUCGAAAGAAAGUCAGGCGAUUGAGCUCAUUUUUAGUUAAAUGCAUUCAAAAGCAAAUUUAAGGGAAUUUUAGAUUAUGGCCGGUGCCAUCUCAAUUUGAAAUGUCAAAAAUUGACACAUUGCUUUGUAGCGCCUUUCAAACACGCGUUUAGUUGGAAUCCAUGAAAGUAUAAUUGCUUUAAAAUACUGCAAUUCAUCGUAGGUUGUAAAACAUGAACAACUUGUUUGUUUUACGGAGGCGGUCACCAAAACCUGAUCGAUUCAUUCUUAUUUCCUUCCCAGCGAGUGGAAAAAAUCUUACAAGCUCACGACUCAUCUCAGCCAUUAUUCAUGCACAUGGCUUUUCAAAACGUUCAUGCACCCAUCCAAGCACCGGAAAAAUACAUAAAAAAGUAUGACUUUAUAACGAACAAGACGAGACGAGUUCAUGCAGCCAUGGCGGACAUUUUGGACGAGGCAGUUGGGAAUAUAACAGACGCGUUCAGGAAAGCGGGGUCAGUUGAACUCUAACAUAACAUGUACAGCAUGAGGGCGGGUAGGCGGGGCGUGGAGUACUCGGGUGUAAAAGUAACCGAAGAAAGGGGUGAAAAGGAAGGACUGGGUGACUAUUAUGGUCUGAAAGAUUUUGUAAGGACUUCUGAGGGUCAUAAAUGAAAGUCAAACUGCGUUUGACUUUUUCAUCUACAGAAUAAAGCUACGUUGAUAAGGAUUUCUUGGCGGAGUUAUAAUUUGGUCUCAUUCUUAACCUCUUCCCCCGUCCUCAUUAUGCCUGAGCGCCCUCCGGAUAUCACAUAUAGGGAUAAAAGUCAGGUGCUCUCCUAUCAAUACAUUAAAAGAGCUAGAGAUCAUUUGAGGAGGAAAGUUAACAGUUGACCCACCAAACAAGAGUAUUAUCGAAACGAUACACCUUUGCCAUGGUCUAUUCACCAGAACAUUCCGCGCAACAAUAUCACCACGAAUAUGCAUUCGGCUGUUGUGCUCUUUCUACACUUAUCUGUAUGGCAUCCAUAACUGCCCAGGACAGAAUAAUUUGCUUUUUGAUGCCCAAUGUCAGAGUGUCUUCUGUUGACAAACCUUACGUUUCCCGAGAAAGAUGUCACCAUCGUCACGCCACAAGAAGCGUGGGACAAAGCAUUCGCCUCUUUAAUCUGUGAAAAGAUCUAAGUUCUAAAAUUCUACUUUUGCAGGUUAUGGAACAACACCCUCCUUAUUUUCAGCACCGAUAACGGAGGCCUCCCUUAUUACGGAGGAUACAAUUGGCCUCUUAGAGGAGAAAAAAUGACACUGUGGGAGGGAGGGGUACGAGGAAUUGGAUUCGUGCACGGAAAUCGACUGGCAAGAAAGGGGGUGACUUGCAAGGAACUGUUGCACGUGACAGAUUGGUAUCCCACCAUUUUGGGACUCGCUGGUAAGAAGCUAUAACGUUAAAGGAUACAUCCUGAGUGCGUUUCUUUGGGAUGGUCCUCAUUAGGAUCAUUGAUCUGAAACCUCUCGGAUCAUGGUAAAUCAAUGAUCCGAUGAAUCUUUUCCCAGGGUGGAUUCGUUGGUUCGUUUGAUGUAUAGCUAUGAUCCGAGAGAUGUUGGAUCACUGAUCCUGAUCCGGAUCAUCCCAGCGGAACGUAUCCUCUGUUAGUAUGUUUUCGCUGCACUAAAACAAGAGGUCAGGUUGUGUUUUCUUGUUCAAACGUAGAUCUCAAAGCACUUACUUUUCUCGUAGGAGUAUCAGAAAACCAAGAAAGUCCUAUUCCACUUGAUGGCUUUGAUGUGUGGGAAACAAUUUCGUUGGGGAAACCUUCCCCGCGCACUGAAAUACUACUUAACAUCGACGAGCCUGGAGAGGUGCCUCCUGGACCCGGUAUCCUAGGUGGUUACACAGGGAUCGCUCUCAGGAUGGGCGAAAUGAAGCUCUUGAUGCAGGUGCCAAAUGUCACGUGGUUUAAGCCACCCGAGAUUGGUGGUAAACCAGACAAGGAAUUACCUUUGGAUGCAGUGUUAGAACUCCCGAAUGUGGUAGGACAAAAUAACGUAUCAGUACAUAAGCAAUGAGGACAAUAAUCUUGAGUGUCUAAAGGCCGAGGCCAAAUGUCGAACUUUUCAUGGGACGAACCCAAUUCUAAUUUGGGUCGACCUAAAUUAAGUUAAGAUCGUCUGUUGAGUCAGACGUCAAACUUAGGACGCGUCGAACCAAUGAACUGAAUCAAACCAAAAAGCAAUUUUGAUAAAUUUUCUUCCGAACGAGGCUAAAUAUACAUUAUCAUACAAAUGUUUAAUUUAUUAGGUUUUAGUAAAUUUAUCAGUUUAGUCCGACGAUUAUCACGAGAACGUGUUGGACAAGCCAAACUCGUUUAGACGAACUUAACUAAGCCAGACGUCGAACUUUUCAUGAACUUAAGUUCGUCGCGUGAAAAUUCGAAGCUUGGCCUAAGUCUCCUGAUUACUUUAUUUUUUUGACAGAAUGCGUAAUAAAAAACUGGACAUUAUAUCGAACAUGGCAUACCCUUUUGUCUUUCAGGACGCGGUUGACAAAGUUGUUGUUGCGCUUUAUAACAUAUCCGCUGACCCAGAAGAACGCGACGAACUGUCUGCAAAGCUCCCGGAUGUCGUUNGUCGACCUAAAUUAAGUUAAGAUCGUCUGUUGAGUCAGACGUCAAACUUAGGACGCGUCGAACCAAUGAACUGAAUCAAACCAAAAAGCAAUUUUGAUAAAUUUUCUUCCGAACGAGGCUAAAUAUACAUUAUCAUACAAAUGUUUAAUUUAUUAGGUUUUAGUAAAUUUAUCAGUUUAGUCCGACGAUUAUCACGAGAACGUGUUGGACAAGCCAAACUCGUUUAGACGAACUUAACUAAGCCAGACGUCGAACUUUUCAUGAACUUAAGUUCGUCGCGUGAAAAUUCGAAGCUUGGCCUAAGUCUCCUGAUUACUUUAUUUUUUUGACAGAAUGCGUAAUAAAAAACUGGACAUUAUAUCGAACAUGGCAUACCCUUUUGUCUUUCAGGACGCGGUUGACAAAGUUGUUGUUGCGCUUUAUAACAUAUCCGCUGACCCAGAAGAACGCGACGAACUGUCUGCAAAGCUCCCGGAUGUCGUUACUAAGAUGCAGAUGAGGGUGAAUGAUUAUAGGAGGUCUUCUGUAAGGCCACUGUACAAGAAAAGCGAUCCUGAUGCAUUAAAGACUGCAAGGAAAAAUGGGAUAUGGGGCCCUUGGCGCGAAUAA